AUGGGUAUCAAGGGAAUUCGCACUGCUCUCAAGGUCGACCUUGACAAGCCUGCACGUGAACAGCCCGGUCUACAUAACAGAUGGCACCCAGAUGUUCCGGCCUACGGAAAAAUCGCCAACAAUGAAGUUGUCAAGAUUGAAUGUCUAGAUUGGACCGGAGGCCAAAUCGGAAAUAACGACUCAGCCGACGACAUCAAGAAUGUAGACCUAACCCAGAUCCAUUACCUAUCCGGUCCGUUCGACAUCGAAACCGCGGAACCUGGAGAUGUCUUGCUCGUCGAGAUUCAGGACGUCCAGCCAUUCGAAGAGCAACCAUGGGGAUUCACCGGGAUCUUCCACAAAGAGAACGGAGGAGGUUUCCUAGAUCAGCUGUAUCCUGAGGCGGCCAAGGCGAUUUGGGACUUUGAAGGAAUCUUCUGCUCAUCCCGACAUAUCCCACAUGUCCGGUUUGCGGGACUAAUUCACCCUGGAAUCAUGGGUUGUGCUCCAUCGGCUGAAGUUCUGGCUGAAUGGAAUCGUCGCGAGGGGGAGCUUAUUGCAGCGAAUACUGUUGCUGAUCGAAUUGUCGCCCAGCCACCGAAUCCCCAGAAUGCCCAUUCUGGCACUGCUACUGAUGACGUGAAGAGCAAGAUCGCUAAUGAGGGUGCUCGGACUAUCCCAGGCCGCCCCGAGCACGGAGGUAAUUGUGAUAUCAAGAACCUCUCCCGUGGAUCGAAAGUAUACCUCCCAGUCCACGUCCCCGGCGCCAAGUUCUCUGUCGGAGAUCUGCAUUUCUCGCAGGGCGAUGGCGAGAUCUCAUUCUGCGGAGCAAUCGAGAUGGCCGGUGUCAUAACAUUGAAAUUCUCGGUCAUCAAGAAUGGCAUGGCAAAACUAGACAUGAAGUCACCAAUCUUCCAUGCGGGGCCCGUAGAGCCGCAGUUCGGUCCUGGACGAUACCUAACGUUUGAGGGAUUCUCAGUGGAUGAGAAUGGCAAGCAACAUUUCCUGGAUGCAACUGUCGCCUAUAGACAGACCUGUCUCCGCGUCAUUGAAUAUCUUCGACGCUAUGGCUAUAGUGAUUACCAGAUAUAUCUGUUGCUCAGCUGUGCGCCCGUGCAGGGGCAUAUUGCCGGUAUUGUGGACAUUCCAAAUGCUUGUACUACACUUUCGGUGCCUAUGGAUAUCUUUGACUUUGAUAUUCGACCUGAGGCGGAUGUGGUUAAAAAGGAGAUGGGAGCUUGCGCUUUUGUCACAAAGUAG